CAAAACCGUCCAAACCCAGCCACGCCGCCGCGUGCGCCUCUCGUUUUUCCUCUUCUCCCACCUCCGUCUUCCUCCUCCUCAAUCCCCAAAUCGAAGCACUCCUCUCCUCUCCUCUCCUCAGAUCGGAUCGCGAGAGCCCCAAUCCCACCACCGAUCGAUCCAUUCCUGCUGCUCGCGGCCACCGGAGAAGGAGAGAGAGAGAGAGCUCGACCUCGUCGGCGGGUGAAGGAUCGCAGCAGCAGCAGCGGCGGUAGAGCAGGAGGAGAGGCGAAGAUGUCGUCGGUGUUCAGCGGCGAUGAGACCGCCCCCUUCUUCGGCUUCCUCGGCGCCGCCUCCGCCCUCGUCUUCUCAUGCAUGGGGGCGGCGUACGGGACGGCGAAGAGCGGCGUCGGGGUGGCGUCGAUGGGGGUGAUGCGCCCGGAGCUCGUGAUGAAGUCCAUCGUGCCCGUGGUCAUGGCUGGUGUGCUGGGUAUCUACGGCCUCAUCAUCGCAGUCAUCAUCAGCACGGGGAUCAACCCCAAGGCCAAGCCCUACUACCUCUUCGACGGCUACGCGCACCUCUCAUCUGGCCUCGCCUGUGGUCUCGCCGGUCUCGCUGCCGGAAUGGCCAUUGGCAUCGUUGGUGACGCCGGAGUCAGGGCGAACGCCCAGCAACCAAAGCUGUUCGUGGGUAUGAUCCUCAUCCUCAUUUUUGCCGAAGCGCUUGCUCUCUAUGGGCUCAUCGUCGGCAUCAUCCUGUCAUCCCGCGCUGGCCAAUCUCGUGCGGAUUAGGCAUGUUUCAACACGCAAACCCUUAGUGGGUUCUUGUUUCAUAUUCCUGAAACUACAAGCUGAGCUCUAGGGGUUUAUUCUGUCUUAGUUUCUGUUCUUCUGUUGGGUCAUGAACAAAAAAACAUCUGUAUCCAAGGGAUGUUUGCCCUUGUGGUGCCAUUCUUUUUCGCUAUGGUGGUGCUGGCGGCGGUCUGAAUCUUAUUUAUGCACAGUUUUUUUGGGUCUGGCUAGACAGUGAUGUAAUCUGGUGAAUAAGCAAAUAAUUCGUAAUGCAAUGGGAGCAUGAGACUCUUUUGUUCACUCAA